UUCUUUAUGAAAAUAUUGUGUCAACAUGUCGGAUAAUGAAGAUUUGUUGGCAGACGAUUUAGGGGACCAUAGCCUUGCAGAUUAUAACCUUGGCAAUGAAGAGGAGGAUCAACUCUUAGCUGAUGACUACGAAAGCGGUCCCCAGAACGUUCCAACGUCGAUUGAUCCAAACUACAAUGAUGGAAGUGAUAUUAGCUCUUCAGAAUUCUCUAGCAUGCCAUACAGUCAACAAGCAUAUCAACCUCCUGCAGAAGAAUGUGUGGUCCCCAACAUAACUGUAGAGGUGCCCAACAUUCCGGACAGACCCAUCCCGGACCGCUCCACCUAUGCCCCUUACGAGCCUCCUGUGUAUGAACCUGAGCAUGCUGUGGUACCACCUGCAAUUCCUGCCGCACCUAUUGAAUCUCCACAAAUAGUGCCAUCAGAACUGAGUGUUACUGUACCAAAUGGCGACAACCGCGAACGGUUCCUUUCCGAACGGCCUCCCGGUGCCCAGCGAACACCGCAACUUCGUGAUAUUCCUGAUUCUCUAGACAAAGUGUUCGUCCCGCGCGGCGGGUACAGCGUCGGGCGCGGGCGCACGUCGUGGCGCAGCGCGCAGUUCCAAGCGCGCUUCCAGCAGCCCUACAAUAACGCCUACCGCCGCCACAACGUGCACCGGGGCAAUUUUCUUCAACAACGUCCCUCAUUCCCUCCUCCGCAAGUGCAACCACCUCCCCCUCAAAUCAGACCGGAACCAAGGCCAGAACAAAUACGGCCAGAUAUUCGAACUGACCAAAUCCGACCACCUGUCCGACAUGAGCAAAUCCGUCCAGAUAUUCGGCCCGAUAACAGGCCCCAACCUAGACCGGAAAUGCGACCAGAACCCAUGCCACCUAUGGGACCAGAAAUCUCCCCAGAAAGACCAAUAAUCCAGGAACCGUUUAGGCCCAUGGAAAAUCGGCCUCCAUUUCAGAACUUCCAAAGAUUCCCAUUCAGACCAAACAUGGAAGAGCCGCGUCCCAACUUCGGUCCGAUGAGGCCUAACUUUGAGCCUAGAUUCUUCCAGAGACCUCCAUUCAAUCCGAGACCAUUUGGCCCCCCAGUCAGAGAAGUCGUUCCUAACAGCCAACACAUGCCUCAGAUAACGAUUAGGCAACCACUGGCAGGCUUGCCACUGCCCGCCAACGUACCUAAGCUGGAUGAAUUUGGCCCGAAACCGCCAGGAAGAGAGCCCGAAGUGAGGAUGUUACCCGUCCAACUGCCGCCUACCUUGCCUGGAGCAUUGGCUGGGAAGAAAGUUCUUAUCAACCCGCAUUUUAAAGGAAAUUUUCAACCGCCCGUUGAAGGGUUGGCGCUGCCCACGUACAUUCCCACGCGCAUUCAAAAGUCGCCACCCUUGAGCCCUACGCUGGAAAACAAAUUCGGUCCCAUCAAGGAUAUCGACGAUGCCGCAGAGCGGUUCAUCGCGGAACAGAGAAACGCGCUGGCGCGGGCCGCCAAUAGGAAGUUCCCAAGGCGAUCUCCUCAAAGAUAUAUAGAGAACACGACAAUAGAGAUCGAGAACGAGUUGGCUCCGGAGGCGAACUCGUGGCGCGGCGAGGACGACCUGCUGCGUCGCCAAGAGGAGUUCAUCAACGCCAACCGGCAGGGCCUGCGCCGCCGCAUGCGGUCGCCGACGCCGCCGCGCCGCUCGCCGUCGCCGUCGCGCCACAGCCCCGAGCGGCGCCGUGUGGACCGCGCCGAGCGUACAGACCGCGCCGAGCGUACAGACCGCGCCGAGCGUACAGACCGCGCCGAGCGUACAGACCGCGCCGAGCCAAGGCGACCGCACGACGAGGAGAGCGAGUACCGUCGGCGCGUGCGCGAGCAGGAGAGCCUGCGCGAGCGCGUGCUGCGCGCCAAGGAGGUGCGCCGCAGGAAAAACGCCGUGCAGCUGCACAAGCAGCUACAGGACAAAGAGCGCGAACGCAUUGAAAUGAAAGAUCCCAAGCCUGACCCGAAGCCAGAAAGCAAACCCGCUGCUUCCCCGGACAAACCUUCAACAACGAGCCCAGAGCUGGAUAUACCUGAUACGACCCGGUCUUCCCCGGAGAGGAAGGAAAAUCCUGUAGUUGUGAAGAGAGACCGGUCACCAGUAAAGGAGGAAGCGGCAGAAGUCAAUUCCACUUGCGAAAACCUGACCCCACCACGCGCGUCCCCCGAGCGCGCCCUGACGCCGCCCCUGCCCGACAAGAGCAAGGAGAGGCGCUGCAGCGAGGACGACGACCUGGCCUUCCUGCUCGGCGACAUCGACGACAUGCUCAGCGACGACGAGGACAGCGGCCGCUUCAAGGAGAAACCUAACAAACCGGAGGUGGCGCCUCCCAAGCCGGCGGUGGACCUGCGCUCCAAGCUGCCGCCGCGGCCGCCCCGGCAGAAGAUCGUCUUCGGCGAGGAAAAACCCAAGAAGAGGAGAGAAAAAUCUCCUCCUGCUAAGAAGCCGACAGUGACAAGCUCUACCAAAAUCGAUACUGAGACUCCUCAGAAAAAAGCUGUUAAGCCAAAACCGACGACCGAACAAAUUACAAACAAAUCUCGACAAAGAAUAAUAUUUGAAAACAAAGAGCUUGAAAAGGAAAAAGAGGAGGACAAAUCCAAGGCUUUCACGCGCCGCGUCGUCCUACAGCGCAAAGUCACGCAGACUAAAGAGAAAUCCGUGUUCUCGCGCAUCGAGGUCAACGACCCGAGCAAGCCCAACCCGGGCAUCUUCAGCCGCGCCGUGCGCACCGCCAUCGGCGCCGACAGGCCGCGCAUCGUCGUCAGGCGCGACGAGCCCGAGAUCGAGUACGAGAGCGGCUCGGACGACGAACGCCUGCUCGACGAGGAAACCGGCCUCGUCGCCAGCGUCACCAACCUGCCGCACGGGAUCACCGACACCAGGUUGAAAACGUUAGCCGGCAGUGACGUGCAGAGCUUAAUUUUGGACAAGGAAGAUCGCAGCGCCAAGAUCACGUUCAAGACCACCGUUGCCGCCGGCGCUUUCCGCAAGAAGUUCAACAACAAAAUGGUGGCCGCCAGCCGCCUUACCGUUACCUUGCUUUAGUCA